CUUCGAAGCCAAAGAGGAAGGCCCACGACUGCCGGGCCAAUCCGAUGCCAUGGGGAAGAAGCCAAUUCUGGUGACUUUGGAGGAGUUUUCGGAGCUCAAGGCCCAGCUGCAGGCGCAGAUCGGGCGCUUGCAGAAAGAUUUCCAAGCCAAGGUGCCUGCCUGCGAAGACAACAUUUCUCAGCUGCAGGUGGCCAAAGGAGAGUUGGCGAAGGACUUGGAAGUGGCCAAAGCAGCCACACAGCGGGUGGCUGAAGAUGCGCAGGCCUUCGCCGGCGCCAGCUGCCGCGCCCUAGAGCAGCGACUCGGGGCGCAGAUGGGGGAGCUCAAGAACGAGCUGCGGCGCUCCGACGAGGAGCUUCAGAAGGAGCUGCGCCAGCUUGAGGAGGCGUCGCGCAAGACCCUCUCAGAUGAGCUCCACGUUCUUUGCGAGCGACUGGACCAGGACAUUUCUGAGGUCCGAUCAGAGAUGUCCGAGUCCGUGCAGAAAUGCAAAGAGCAUUUCCGAGUUGAAUUGCAGAAGCUUUGCGAGCUAUUGGCGGCGAGCAUAGAGGACAACAAGCAGGAGGCCCUGCGAAAGACCGCGGAGUUCCUUCAGGCUGCAAAGAGCCGGACGGAGACAUCGCUCCAGGAAGAGCAGCAGGCCCGCGCGGCGCAAGACCAGCGCUUCGCCAGCUCGGAGGCCGAGAUCUGGCUGAAGCUGGAGCGUUUGGGCGAGCUCAUUGACGAGACGGGUCAGCAGGCGGAGGAGCACCUGGCCGCCAGCAAUGGCCACUUGGACCAGAAAUUCUCCCAGGCCUUCACCUUAGCGGAUCAGCGGCUGUUGGCCCUGGACGACACCUCCACGCGGCUCCGGGCAGGGCUGUGCGAAGUGCAGAACUCGUACACCCGGAAGGUGACCUGGGUAAUCCGGGAGGCGUCCAAGAAGAUUAAGCGCCCGCUCCUGGAUGACGUGAAGAUCCAGCCACAUGUGAGCUGGUUCUCGCCCCAGUUCGACGCGGGCGGGUGCCACGGUCUACAGCUGGAGCUUCAGGUGUUCCGUAUCCAGGAUCCACCCGUGGACGGUCAGGAGGUGGGCGACUGCAUGGUGUACCUCUGGGCUACGAAGGGCUCCAAUCUGGUCUUCAAGCUGGGGCUUGGCGGCAAGUGUCAGCUGCUGGAAAAGCGCUUCAAUGGUCGAGUUCCCUACGGCACCACCAGGCUUUGCUUUUUCGCCGACCAGAUCAACAAGGAGGAUGACACGCUGCACGUCUCCUGCGAGAUCCUGGAGGCAUUGCGGGAGUUAGAGGCGCCGCUGCAGCCGGCGGCGCCGCAGCCACCGGACUGGAGGAAGGCCUUGGAAGAGCAGGGCAAGCCGGUUCCAGAGGUGGAUCCUGCCGUUGCCGCAGCUGGUGACCGUAGCAACGGACCUCAACCUUUGGAAGGUCAGCUCUUCUAUUCCAUGCACAUCAACAAUCGGCUGUACGACCAGGUGAAGGACCAAGUGGAGUCCAUGCGCUGUCGCCUGGUGAAGACUGUGGAGUGGCGGAUCGAGAAGGCUUCGAUGCUGCGGCGCUGCUUCCCCCCAGGGGAGGCCCUCAGCAGCACUGUCUUCGGUGCCGCCGGUAUCGAGCAGCUGCAGCUGGUCUUCUAUCCCUCUGGCUACACUGGCGCCACGGAAGGCUUCUGCUCGCUCUUCUUGAAUGCCCCGGCGGGUGUCACCAUGAAAUGCCUGCUGCAGGCGGGCAAGGAGAAGCGCGAUGCCAACCACGUCUUCGACCGGCCCGGCGCUUUUGGGCGCACCAACUUCUGUCAGCUGGAAAGUUGCAUGGACGAAGACGACACCAUCCUGAUCCGACUGGAAGUGACCGAGGCCCACCAGGACCUCGUCGCCAAGCUGGCGCUUCCUCCGAAGCCCGGGGAUCCCCGUAACCUCUCGCAGCAGGAGGGCGUGGCCUGCGGCCCUGUGAUGAGCGCCGUGAAGCUUCGGCGCCAGGGCAACGUCCUGGAGGACGUCAAGGUGUUGCCCUCCCUUUGGACGGUGAAGUUCGCGGAUGACCCUUGCCAAAGGCCGCAGGGCUACCACGACUUCAACGAGUUUCGCUCCGAGAAGACCGGCACGUGCCUGUCGGCCAGCGUGCCUGUCGGCUCUGCAACGGCUCUAGCCAGGGUUCGACCCGGCACUGGAGCCCGCGAUGCCAUGCGCCCAAAGACGGCAGGACGGCAGAAACUCAAUGAGUCCCUACCAAGCUUCAUCGACGGCCAGGCCGAUGCCUCCAGCUUGGGAGAUCGCGCCUGGCUGGACGCCACUCUUUCGCGACCGAAAAGCGCAGGCAUGCUCCGCAGGCGUCCAAAGGCCCUGUGAGUGGUGUGCGGUUAAUGUCUCCGACGAGCGCAUCCUGCAGCCCGUUCUUUCCAAAAAUG